AUGUUGUUUAAAACUCUUCUUCUCUUAAUUGUGACGGUCACGUUAUGUACCUGUCAAUUAUCAGAUGAAGAAGAAUCCUAUCUAUUUGUUACAAAACAUACAUUAAAUCGUUAUGUUGUACAAAAUAAUGAUUUAACAAUAAAAUACAGUUUAUUCAAUGCAGGACAAGCAACGGUUUUCAGUAUUGAACUAAAUGAUAUUGAUAGUUUUCCGGCAGAUAAAUUUGAUUUACUUUAUGGCAUAUUGAAUCCAAAAUGGGAAAGAAUUAAUGCAGCAUCUAAUCUUACUCAUGUUGUCAUUCUUAAACCAAAACAGAGUGGACCAUGUAAUAUGACGCAUGCAGUUGUCACAUAUAGAAAAAGUGAAAAAACCAAUGAAGUUCAAACAACAUAUUCAUCUGAAAUUGGUGAAUUAACUAUUGUUUCAACUCGUGAUUAUGAUCGAAAAUUUUCAUCACACUUUCUUGAUUGGAUAUUAUUUACAAUGAUGGCUAUUCCGUGUAUUGCAUUUCCGUUUGCAUUAUGGUUUAUGAGUAAAACACGAUAUGAUACAAUUAUUGCCAAAGAUAAAGCCAAAAAACUUUGA